AAUGGCGCAGGGAGCCUUUUCCAAUACCGAGAGACCCGUCGGUCACCAGCACCACCUUAAGGGCACAAUGGGGAACAACAUCAACAAAAAGUAUGGAGGUUCAAAAACCGCGCGGGGACGUCAACUAAACAGGUGGAUAUUCUACCUGACAGGGACAGGCACUGCCCCACUCUUGCUGCACUACGUUGCUGACCCCAUUCAAAGCGGACUCCACGCACGUCUUGUCAUAGUCCUCCAGGUUGCUGAGGGCGUCCUACAUAGGAAGUAGAAUUAAUACACAGAGGACCACCUUCUCGGACUGAACACGUUUGGGUUGUACCUGUAAAGCGUUAUAAUCUCUGGUGAAGGGCACCAAGAGUUCCCAGAGGGAGGAGAAGGCCAUAAGUGCGGUGAACUCCAAACGAUAGUUGGAGGCCAUGUGCUCGAAUAACAUAUUAAGGCCGUGGACUGCCAAGUUCUUCCUCUGGAACUCCUCGCUGAUGUCCUGCGACACUGGUCUCGUCAUGGACAAGGACGCGUCCAUUAACACCACAGUAGGCAUGAUUUACUGCUGGUAGAGAACUCGACGAGAAAUGAAUGGGGAGAAAACGGCAAGUUUCAAACGGAACACAAGGGUGAAUAUAUCAGUUAAACUAUAAUUUUCCGGUUCCAAGGCCCGCAUACAGAUGAGAGACAACACUCAAAUUCACCUUAGGUAGGAACUGAGCCCAAGAGACUAAACUGCUCCACCUUCUUGAAUUGUUUUUUUGUUGUUGUUGAUCAGAUAAAAUGUAUUUUGAACAAAAAAGACACUUGCAGCUAUUUUUCUUUCUUGCUGCUCUCUUCUUCAGUUUGUAUGACACUUUGCCCAGCCCACAGAAUGGUAAAGAGGGUAAGAAGGCCUCAAGUAAAAGCACAGAAAGUGCUCCUUUCGCUGGCACAUUACAGACUCAAAGCCGAACAGGACUGCAGUUGCAUGGGUAUCAGCAAACAACUAUGGCCUCGCUAUCAACUUCAAAUCAGCACCCGAUCAAUGGGCGCCUCGCUUUUGGAACCACCGUCACUCCACCUUCCUCUAGUGAUGCUCCUCACUUGCAGGGACAAUUCCCCAAGGAUCCCUUUACCAACCAGGGGCGCAGACAAGGCUGGGUAGUACUCCAUAUCCUUGGUAUGAUCUACAUGUUUGCGUCACUUGCUUUUCUGUGCAAUGAGUUCUUUGUUCCUGCAAUGGAGGUCAUCAUAGACGAGUUUGACAUCUCUGACGACGUGGCUGGAGCUACCAUCAUGGCAGCUUCGAGAUCGUUCUCCAAGCUGUUCACCGCUGUUGUAGCAGUUUUCAUCUCCCAGAAGAAUGUGGGAAUAGGCACGGUUGUUGGCUCAGCAGUUUUCAACAUUCUUUUUGUGACUGGACUGUGCGCUUUAACAUCACGGGAGGUUCUUCAGUUGAGCAAGUGGCCUUUUUUCAGAGAUGUGACCUUCUACACAGUGGAUCUUGUCCUACUUGCCAUCUGUUACUUGGAUAAUGUCAUCAUGUGGUGGGAGAGUACGUUGCUGGUGACAAGCUACAUUUUAUAUUUAGUUUUUAUGAAGUUUAAUGUACAAAUUAAAUCAGCAAUGAAGAUGCAGCUCCUGAAAGAAACAAACAGUUUUGAAAUGGUUUCCGGUGAGGAAUAUGCAAUUAGAGGUCGUCCAGAGUUAGAAAGUAAAAAGAAUGAGCGCACUAACAAUAGAAACAAGAAACAAGAGGAGCCUGUUUCUUUAAAAUGGCCAAACACUCCAUACAAACAAGCCACAUUUAUUUUCCUGUUACCCAUAAAACUUCCUCUGUGCCUCACCAUUCCUGAUGUGCGCAAACAGAAUUUUAGAAAAUUCUUUAUGAUCACGCUGCUGAGCUCCAUUCUAUGGAUUACAGUCUUGUCCUAUCUCAUGGUUUGGUGGGCCCACCAGGUCGGCGAAACCUUUAGCAUCCCAGCAGAGAUUAUGGGCCUGACUGUCCUGGCUGCAGGCACAUCCAUUCCAGACAUCAUCACCAGCGUGAUCGUGGCCCGUAAAGGCCUCGGCGACAUGGCCACGGCCAGUUUAGUGGGCAAUAACAUAUUUAACAUCACUAUAUGUCUGCCUCUGCCGUGGCUGCUGUACUCACUCAUCCACGGUUUGCUUCCUGUGGCCGUCAACAGCGAUGGGCUUUCCUGUGCCGUUGCCCUCCUCUUCCUCAUGCUUCUCUUCUUCAUCAUCUCCAUUGUUUCCUGUAAAUGGAAGCUUGACAAGGUUUUGGGUUUCAUCAUGCUGCUGUUUUACAUAAUCUUUGUGGUGCUCAGUAUGACGCUGCACUUUCGCUUUCCGGUGUGCCCUGUUUAAAUUGGCAUAAGGUUUAAAAUCAUUGCACUCAACUAUCUGCAUGUACAUUUUAAAAUUCUGACAAUUAUAUAAAUUAGUUGACGAGAAUAUUGUCAUUGAAAUAAAUAUUUCUCAUCAUUGACACAAAGAAUUCACGUGCAUUAAAUGACACAUAACCAACACCAUCAAUGAAACUAAUCAUAUCAAAAUUUUAUUAUAAUAUUGAUGAAAGUAACAAAUUGGGGACUGAAAUUUAUAUUACUACAAUCGAGUGAAUAAAAUCAAUGUAUUUUUUUUUUUAUGUUCACAUAUGCGCAAUACAUAUUCAAAAUAUAUAUUUUUCAAGCUAUGAUCAUGCCUGUUUUACUUGUUUAUUAUAUGUAGUUCCUACAGUGGGGCAAAUAAGUAUUUAGUCAA